GCUCCUAUAUAAAUAAAUUUAAUUCAACACUCAAACUCAAACCAACUUCCCUUGAAUUCAACACAACACUUUUCUCUUCUUUCUCCGCCUCAAAUUAAGCUUGAAAUUACAGAAACUUAGUUUUAGCUCUUCCCUGUUUUACUGAGUUUGAAGAGGAGGAGGAGGAGGAAGAAGAAGAAGAAGACAUGGAAGGUGGAAGAACACAAUCUAAUAAUAAGAAGAAAGCUGGAGGUGAUCAUCAGAGCAUGUGGGUGAGUAAUAAUAAUAUGGGUGAGGAAAUUACAACUGUUGAUUGGAGAGGCAGACCUUCCAAUCCAGACAAACAUGGUGGAAUGAGAGCUGCUGCAUUUGUUCUUGGACUUCAAGGAUUUGAGAUAAUGGGAAUAGCAGCAGUAGGGAACAACCUGAUAACGUACGUAAUAAAUGAAAUGCACUUCUCGCUGUCAAAGUCAGCAAACGUAGUGACAAACUUUGUGGGAACUGUCUUUCUUCUGGCCCUCCUUGGUGGUUACCUUUCAGAUUCCUAUCUCGGCUCCUUCUGGACAAUGCUUAUCUUUGGCUUUAUAGAGCUUUCUGGUUUUAUAUUACUAUCAGUCCAAGCACAUCUACCCCAGCUAAAACCAGAGAAAUGCAACAUGAUGAUUAAUGGAGGAUCAUCACAGUGUGAAGAAGCAAAGGGUUUUAAGGCAUUGAUUUUCUUUGUGGCUCUCUACUUGGUAGCCUUAGGAAGUGGCUGCGUUAAACCCAACAUGAUUGCUCAUGGAGCCGACCAGUUCAAUCCCAAAACCUCAAAAUCGAAACUUUCUACUUACUUCAACGCUGCCUACUUUGCUUUCUCCAUGGGUGAACUCAUAGCUCUUACAGUUCUUGUCUGGGUUCAGACUCACUCAGGAAUGGAUGUGGGUUUUGGAGUUUCAGCAGCCGCCAUGGCCAUGGGUUUGAUCUGUUUGGUUUCUGGAACACUUUACUACAGAAAUAAGCCUCCUCAAGGAACUAUUUUCACUCCUAUUGCCCAAGUUUUUGUAGCUGCUAUAUUAAAGAGAAAGCAGACUUCUCCAUCUGCUCCACACUUGCUUCAUGGAAACCAGAACAACAAUGUCUCCUCUCUCUCUUCCAGCUUACCUCAUACUCACAGGCUCAGGUUUCUGGACAAGGCAUGCAUCAAGCUGGUUAAUCAAGAUGGGACGAACAUAAAGGAAAGUCCAUGGAGAUUAUGUACAGUAACCCAAGUAGAGCAAGUAAAGAUCUUGAUUUCAGUUGUUCCGAUUUUCGCUUGCACCAUCGUCUUCAACACAAUUCUAGCUCAGCUCCAGACCUUCUCAGUCCAACAAGCAACUUCCAUGAACACCCAACUCACAAAAUCUUUCCAUAUCCCUCCUGCUUCCCUUCAAGCCAUCCCCUACAUUAUACUCAUAUUCAUUGUCCCCCUCUAUGACAAAUUCUUUGUCCCUUUCGCAAGAAAAUUUACGGGCCACGAAUCCGGAAUCACACCUUUGCAGCGAAUAGGUUUUGGUCUAUUUGCCGCAACUUUCUCCAUGAUUGCAGCUGCGAUAAUGGAGAAACGAAGAAGGGAUUCCGCGGUGGAUUCGGGAAAAAUCUUGUCCAUAUUCUGGAUCACCCCACAGUUUUUGAUCUUUGGGCUUUCAGAAAUGUUUACUGCAGUAGGGUUAAUUGAAUUCUUCUACAAGCAAUCAGCAAAAGGGAUGCAGGCAUUUUUAACGGCAAUGACAUAUUGCUCUUACUCUUUUGGGUUCUACCUGAGCUCACUUCUGGUUUCUAUGGUGAACAAGAUUACUUCUGGUUCAUCAAAUCAUGGCUGGCUGAGUGAAAAUGAUCUGAACGAGGACAGACUUGAUCUUUUCUAUUGGAUGCUAGCAGUGCUCAGCUUUGUCAACUUCCUUAACUAUCUGUUUUGGGCAAGAUGGCAUUCAAAAAGUACAGAUUCUACACCAAGCAUUUCACAGAUUAGUGGUGCAAAUCAUGGGGAGGAUUUUAAUAAUUAUACUGCUUUCGACUCUGCAAAGAAGAUGGGAGAUAUUGAAAGUCCACCUUAGAAAAGAAGAGGGCAUUGAUAUUCAUUGAAUAUUAUAUAUAUAUAUAUAUAUACAUAUUCUCAUAAGAGUACUAUGGUACUUAGCUUGUAGGUAGAGAAUUAUAUAUAUAUAUAUAUAUAUAUAUAUGGGGGGGCAAAAAAAUGCUGAAAAGGGUAUCUUUUAACCCUAGAGGCAUGUAGUUUAAUUCUGUAAAUAAGAAUGAGAAGAUAUCAUAUAAGGGCAUCCUCUUUGAGGUUCAAAA